AUGUUUAAGAAUAAUGUUACUGACCAUAAGCUAAACAUGGAAGCCAUAAUUAAAAACAUUAACAUGAUUUCUUUGGAGUUGAAGAAGAUGCAAGAGCUCUCCCAGUUGCUGCUUUGUGACCUUACUUUACAUUUUAAUCAUCCUCUGAAGACAGAUGACUUAGAGGAAACAGAAGGAAAACCGCCCCUCUUUGAUGAAUCUAAAAUAUCAGAUGUGUCCUUUGCUUCUAACAGCUUUUCUGUCUGAUUUCUUUUUGUUUGUUGUGAAUUUAUAACUAUUUAUUGUGGAAUUAACACAUAUCGGGGAGAAUUAAGUUUACUAAUAUAUUUAAUAUGAUAAAAACAAAAUAAAAAUAUGAAUUGUAAAUAA